CGAUGCGGGACGAAUGAGCCUCCCUCGUAUUCUCUCGCUCUCUCCCCUCCGUGCUGAAGGAGGGGGGGGGGAGAAAGGGGAAGGAGGGCAGGAUACUGGCAUACUGGCAUAUGGAUGCCCCCACCCACUCUUUUUUCAUUCUUUCCCGCCCUUCUUUUUUUGAAUAUUCCCAUAUCACAUCAUUGUCUGUCUCUUCAUACACGUCCACAGCAAACAGCAUUACAGCCUUUGUCCUCUUCUUUUCAUCCGAUCCUCCAUUCCAUCCAUCAGCCCAUCCCUCCUUCCUCCCCUUCUUCUCCUCCUCCUCCUCUCACCCUCUUCGCCACCCUCUGCUCGCCACUCGCUCACUCGCCCAAUUGUCACCGCCUUUUCAUAUCCCUCCCCGGACUCGGCUUUCACACCUCCCCCUGGCACCCUCUCCACAGCCACCACCACCGCCGCUACCAUCAACCACCACCUCCUAGCAAACAAAGAACCUUCCUUUCCUUUGCUUCUAUUCCUCCCGCCCUUUUCAUUUCAUCCUUUGCAUCCCACUGUUGUGCCCCGACCAUCCACAUCUGUCCAGCCUUGUCGAUUAACUAUCCUUUUCAAUCCUAUCCCUUAUCUUGCUCAUCGACAUCGCGUGGUCAACAAACUGGAGUUGCUGGGGUCGUCCGAUAAAGAGAGUGUGUGUGAAUGAACAAAGAGCGAGAGUGAGUUCGUACAGUUGUCUUCAUGAAGUAAAGGGACGAAACAAAGGAACCAGGACGGCUGAGCUACGGACACAUAACCCCCUCGCCCUUCUUCCCCCUCUCUCCCUCUGUCUUCCUUUAUCCAUAUUACCAACAACCAACAACCAUUCAUCCUAGCCAUGGAGACAUUGGCGCCACGGAACCCGCGGACGCGACACAACAGCAG